AUGUCUAGCAGCCGACAGACUGAGAUUCUAAGUUACUUCGAAUCUGUUAUAGUUGUGACAGUGAACAGGGUUGGCCUGAGUACCGUCCUUGGCAUCACAGGAGUCGUGUCCAAUGUCUUCAACGUGUGUGUGUUUUUCAAGCAAGGCUUGCAAGUCUCCAUGAACGUAAAUUUCUUUGUCUUGUCCUCUGUUGACGUUCUGCGUUCUCUCAACUACAUAUGGAUGGCCGUCUGCGCCAACCCUGACAUUGACAAGCUUGAUACGGACUUCCGGUUUCAGGAUGUGCAGUAUUUAAUCAAUGGGUGGGUCAGCAGCAAUCUUGCGAGGAGCGCGAUGUUCAUUGUAGCAUUCAUGAGUUUCCAAAGGUACAUCUCCAUAUACAAGCCUAUGUCCGUUGAACAGGUCUUCACACCCAUGAGAUCUGUAUUCGUACUUAUUUUCAUACUUCUGAUGAAUAGUAUCGUCGUUUUGCCCAUAUGUGUUUCGGUCUACUUCGACUGGAGCUUUAAUUUGGAUAAAAACCGAACCAUGUUAGGAUUAGUGUAUAGAAACGGAAGUUCCGAGGCCUGGGGACUAUCUUUUACCAUGCAUGCAGUAUUAAAUGCUCUACCCUUAUCCACAAUCGUCAUUUUCACCUUCUUACUAAUUCUGCAAAUAGAAUUCAGGUCCAAAUGGAGACAGAAUACCUUGGUCAAGGACCAGCAUCAAGCUAUUAGUAACAGGGAUAAGAGAACGUCAAAGAUAGUCACAUUUAUGGCAAUAUUCCUCAUCGUGUCUUGCACACCUAUCAUAGUCCUAUCAUUGGCAACAACCAUUGUGCCAGAUUUUAGCGCUGGUGGAAAACAGGCCAAUUUAUAUUUCGCCGUCUGGUCUUUUGCCUUUUUGUCCGGAGUCAUUGGUGCAAAUAUAAAUAUUUUUAUUUAUUACAAAUUGAGUUCUAAAUAUAGAGAAAUCUUUCUCAAGAUGUUUAAUUUUUGUCCCAGAAAACCAAAAAUUUCUACGAAGAAACAGGCCUACUGA